GCUGAAGGGUUGCCGGCUGUUAAAGGGUUCGCCGGCUGUUUGCCGGCUGUUAAAGGGUUCGCCGGCUGUUAAAGGGUUCGUGAACGGCUCUUCCGCCGAACACUCUUUCAGUCGUCUGAUCGCAUUCUUCCUUCUAAUGGCGACGUGCAAUCCACUGUUUUUGGCGAUCUAUGCCACGAUUGUUGCUGGUAUUAUCUUCUGUACUUUUGUGAUUCUCUCCUCGGUCUAUACUUCCUCACCUGCAGCCGGCGCCGGCGAUGGAGGAAACGAAAAAUACUUCCCGUCGCCGAAAGUUGAGGCAGAUAAGGACUGCACUUGCUGUUGCUUGUCUGUUGAACCGAACACUGGUAAUGCCUCCAUUAUGGUGCAGGUUUGAAAGAAUGUGGUUUGGACAUCCUGGUAUUUUGGAAGGGACACUGACCAAGCAACCUUUUGUAUGCCCUAUGGACCACUUGUUUGAGAUUCAUACCAUGCUCCAUGGCCUUUCUGAAGAAGAGUUUGGACCACAAAUUCAUUUCAGGGAGUACUCAUUCCUGCAGAAUCCAUCAGUGCCCAAACAUGUGAAGGAAUCAUUACUUAAUGUUCAACUUUGUGAUGCACAUUCCAAAGGAUGCAAUAUAUCCGAUGGAACAACUAGCCGUGGUUUCAUCCAAUUUCCCAGAAAUAGCACUGAGCAGAUGUACAUGCAAGUAUUCUCCCAGUACAAAGAUAUCAAAGUCUUGCACUUUUCAUCCAUGGCGAAUGCCUUCCAAGGGUUCAAUGAUGAGGCAAGAGAAGUAAAAUUUAGAAAUCGCAUGAAGAGAUACGUCGGAUUGUGGUGUUGCGUGGAGAACCGUGACCCUGGCCACAUAUACUAUGACAUAUACUGGGAUGAGAAACCAGAAUGGAAACCUGAACCACCUCGAACUAGUCAAGAUGAUCAUCCACCUUGGGAUUGAACAUUAUAUUUGCUUGUCAUGAAAGAUCAUCGUCAUCUGAAGUUUCAGACAUAAUUAUACUUGCUGAAAACUUUAUUCAUCUUAUAAAUGAGAAUUUUUUGAUGUAUUUUUGUCUCAAAAGUUCUUUUUGUACGGAAUAAAAAUCGAGAGGUUCAGAUCUUGA